AAACGCCGUUCUGGGUCCCAAGCCCUCCUAUUUGCUACUCCCGUUUCUAUUCCCUUUUCCCCCUCUUUUAUUCUCUCUCCCUCCCCAAAGCCCCGCAGCGCCUCCUCUUGGUGGCCAUAAUACCUUGUAGAAUUCUUGCUUCUCUUGGUUCGAAUCCAUGGAAGCUCUCUCGAGUUCGAUCGUUCCUCCAAGGCUCGCCGAAAUCUCUCCUUCUCACCAACCUCCGAUCCCUCCCCUGCUCAAAGUUCCUUCCUUUCGACUUGGUGGGUUCUUGAAAGCCCGCGAGAAUUUUGAUUUCCUGAGGCUGUCGUCAUCGUCGGAAUCGAGCGCUCGGAGGAGUUGGGGCAGGUUCAGAGCUCUCGCUAAUGACGUCUCCGGCAACGGGUCUGGCUUCAUUGCCGACGAGGGUUUGUCUCCGGAAAGGAAUAAUCUGAGUUACAAUCAUAGCGAUGAAGCUGGCAUCACUGACAAAUCAGAGAUGGCAUCGCCUGCUGCUGGUGGAAGUGGAACCAGUGGAUCUAGAGCUGGGCUUUUUAGAACACCUAUUUCUGGUGGUGUGCAAAGUGCAACCUCUGCUCAUGAUUUACCUCCGCCAGCCUUGGCCGUUCGUAAUCUGAUGGAGCAGGCUAGAUUUGCUCAUUUGUGCACUGUAAUGUCUCGGAUGCAUCAUCAUCGUGCAGGAUAUCCAUUUGGUUCUCUAGUUGACUUUGCAACAGAUUCAAUGGGCCAUCCAAUCUUUUCACUGUCACCAUUGGCCAUACACACACGGAAUCUGUUGGCAGAUCCAAGAUGCACACUUGUUGUACAGAUACCUGGAUGGAGCGGUUUAUCAAAUGCACGUGUGACAAUAUUUGGUGAUGUUAUCCCUCUUCCAGCUGACCAGCAGGAGUGGGCUCGCAAGCAAUAUAUUGCCAAACACCAACAAUGGGCAUCCCAGCAAUGGGGAAACUUUUACUAUUAUAGGAUGCAGAACAUAAGUGAUAUAUAUUUCAUCGGAGGCUUUGGUACUGUUCAAUGGGUAGAUGUCAAGGAAUAUGAGGCCAUUCAACCCGACAAAAUUGCUGUUGAUGGUGGAGAACAAAAUCUAAAGGAGCUGAAUGCAAUGUUCUCAAAACCACUUAAGGAACUUUUAUCUACGGAAGUAGAGAUAGAUGAUGCAGCUCUUAUAUCCAUAGACAGCAAAGGGACUGAUAUACGUGUUCGCCAAGGUGCGCAGUUCAACAUUCAGAGGCUAUCAUUCGAAGUGGAGCAUGGAGUGGAGACUUUGGAGGAGGCUAAGAAAGCACUUCAGAAGAUAAUCAAGAGGAAUUGUGGGUCAACAUGACGUAACAUAAGAAUUUUUAAAUACUGUUUUAUGAAAAGAAAAGGAUGAAAAAUAAGGUCCUUGGUUGCAGGAAUGAAAAUGGAUCCGAUAUGCUGAUCGCGAUCACAAAAAACGUGUUUCCAACCUCAUAUUUGAGCAGUGCAGGACGUUAGAAUCAAUGCAUGAAGUUUUGUUGAUUUAAAUAAGAUUGGGUUAACAUGAGUUCAUACUUGAGUAUUUCCGUGGAUGUUUGUAGAGUGAGAUUAGUUGUGUU